CCCCAAUACCAACCGAAGGGACCUCUUUCCCCAACCACCCGACGACCCGGGCGGCCGUCUCUGACCAGACUCUGUGAUGUCGCCACCCUCAACCCCCGUCGUGAAUCCUCCUCUAGCAUUGGACCGGCGCAAUCCCACCUCAACUUCCCCUCCCUACGACCUUUCCGUCAAACCUUCCUACCAGUUCUUCGCCUUCUUCAGUAGAAUCAUCACCACAAGGAUAGGAGGCUCGAUCGCCGCCGGGGUCUGCUGCUGCGGUGAGGGACUGUCGUGCGCGUGCCUCGGAGGGUAGGAAAGGGAAGUAUAGGAUGGAGUUGGGGGAGGAGGUGGCGCGCGCGCUGGGCGCGGGCUUCGACCUCACGUCCGACUUCCGCCUGCGCUUCGCGAAGCUCCGGCGGCGGCUCGUGGACCUCAACGAGGCCGGGGCGAGGGACGUCCCCAUCCCUGGCGGGGGCGGCGCAGUGCUGCGCGGGGUACCGCGCGACGUCGGCAUCGACAAGGGCGACCGCAUCCGCUUCCGCUCCGAUAUCCUCGAGUUCAACCAGAUGUCGGAGUUACUUAAUCAGAAAUCCUCAGUCCAAGGGAAAGUUCCUUCAGGCUAUUUCAAUGCACUUUUUGAUUUAAUGGGGGUUUGGUUGACAGAUGCCAAAGAGAUUAAGCAUCUUGCUUUUGACGGCUAUUUUAUUUCGUUGUUCAACUUGAAUCUAAAAGCUUCUCCGUUGGUUCUUUGCGAUGAAGUCAAAAAAGCUGUUCCAUCCAAGUGGGAUCCUGUAGCAUUAUCUUGGUUUAUCAAAACUUAUGGGACACACAUAAUUGUUGAAAUGGCAGUUGGAGGUCAGGAUGUCAUAUGUGUUAAACAAAGUCAUUCUUCAACUAUUUCAUCUGCUGAACUUAAGUUACAUCUGGAAGAUCUUGGAGAUUUUCUAUUCUCUGAUGGAAAAAACCUCUCCCCCAUACAUCGUAAGACCAAGGAUGGCAAGAGCAAGGUGCCUGAUGUUUUUGUCAGGAUAGUACAGCAGCCUAAUAACCUACAUCUUUCCAGCUACUCAGAAUCAUCAACCAAAGACGGUCUGACAAUUACAUGUUCAAAAAGGGGUGGAGAUGUACGUAUACCCAGUCACUCCAAGUGGUUACAAACAGUUCCGAAGAACCCUGACGCUAUAAUGUUCAAAUUUGUUCCUAUUACCUCUCUUCUUACUGGCAUUCCUGGUAGUGGUUACCUCAGCCAUGCCAUCAAUUUAUAUCUUCGCUAUAAACCCGAUCUUGACGAUUUACAACAUUUCUUGGAGUUUCAAGUGCCUCUGCAAUGGGCACCUGUGUUCAAUGUGCUUGUCCUUGGGCCCCAGAAGAGAAAAGGCUCUUACCCUUCAUUGCAGUUCAGAUUCCUUGGCCCCAAACUUCGAGUUAACACUUCCCAGGUAUCUAGCGCCCAGAAACCUGUAGUCGGCCUUCGGUUAUAUCUUGAGGGUAGGAAGUGCAAUCAGUUGGCCAUCCAUGUCCAGCACCUCUCUAGUGUCCCAAGCAUGCUUGGAGACUCGAUGGCAUCUUCAAUGUCUGAGUGGCGCGAGUCGGAAGAUACUGAUCCAGGGUACAUUGAGGCCAUCCAGUGGAAUAGUUACUCAUGCAUUUCUACAUCUGUUGUCAAGUACAACUGCGAGUGGAGUAAGAGAGUUUCUGGUGGAGUUUUCAUCGUCACUGGUGCCCAGCUCUUCACAAAGGGAACCUGGGCAAGGAAGGUGCUCCAUCUGCGGCUCCUCUACACACACAUCCCAAACUGCACCAUACAUAAAUCUGAGUGGACCCGAGCACCAGCAGCAUCUCAAAAGGGAAGCUUUUUUACAACAAUAAGCACAACUCUAAGCUCUCCUUUCAUGCAUCGCAACGCGCAGCCUGCCCAGAAGCAUGAGCCGGCACAGCUGAAUUCAGGCAUUUACCCUGAUGGUCCACCGGUUCCUCUUCAGUCGAGGAAGCUCCUGAAGUUUGUUGACAUGUCGGAGGUGGUGAAGGGGCCGCACGAUGUCCCUGGGCACUGGCUGGUGACUGCUGCGAAGCUUGUGAAGGAAGCUGGCAAAAUUGGAUUGCAUGUGAAGUUUGCCCUGCUCAACUAUGAUGGUACAGAACAACCGAAUGGAAGUAACAUGAGCUAUCACUGUAAAUAGCACAGGUGAUUGUUGAUCUUUGUACUCCAUGCAGUAUCAUGAGCUAUCAUGGAGUUGAUGGCAGGAUUUUGGAAGCAACGUUAGGAUAAGAAAUUGUUACAUAUUUUUUUGGGCCUAUAGAAAUGUAUAGAGGACACAAACAGUAAACGUAAGAACCUUGUAUUGCAAAUUCUCAGUUCUUGUACCCCCUCUCGUCCCAUAAUGUAAGACGUUUUUUGUAGUGUCAAAAAAAGUCUUACAUUAUGGGACGAGGGGGUAGUCAAUAGAUUUGUGUAGUCAACAGCUAAAGAGCAGUUGGAGAUUUGUGUAGUUAACAGCUAAAGAGCAGUUGGAUUCUGGUAAUGCAAGGAGAAUGUAGGAUCACUUGGAUCUCUUCGUCUA